UGCCUGGGAGAUAAAAGUAAAUCCAACUGAUUUUCUUAAGAAGUGAAAAAAUAAAAACAAUCCUGUUUAGUGUGAAAAAUCCCCUGACGAUCACACCAGGUGAGCUUCCCUGUAGACAAGCAUUCUGAAUUCAUGCUGUGCUGGAAACAGUUUUGCUAGAGGCAGCCAGGAGGAGCAUCAGAAGACGAUCUUUGCAGGGAUAUGAAAUACUGUUGAGGGCUUAUGUACUCCGCUGACCUCUACUGGAUAAAAAUUCAGCUGCUGACUCAACAAGCCCAUGACUCAUCAUCUUUUCAAAGAAGCCUCCUACAAGGAUGACAAGAACAUUUCAGUGAAGUUCGCCGAACAAAAUGGCGGCCCCCAUAAUGCGGCGCUACCGCGCUUGGCUUCGAGCUGGCAAAGUUAGCUUUGCGAAUGACACCGUACUUGAAGAUUGGAAGAGACCGGUAUCCACCAGCGUUCUCUGCUGGAAUUCGAAGGGGAUUGCAACGAAAGAGAACCGUGAUGUUUCCUGGGCAGCAGUUGUAGGCUUGGAAAUCCAUGCACAGAUCUCAUCCAACUCUAAGCUUUUUUCUGGUUCCCAAGUUCAGUUUGCAGCUCCACCUAAUUCUCUAGUAUCAUUCUUGGAUGCUUCUCUUCCUGGCACUCUACCGGUUCUCAACAGACGAUGCGUGGAAGCAGCAGUGUCAACAGGCCUUGCACUGAACUGCACCAUAAACAAGAAGUCCUUGUUUGACAGAAAACACUAUUUCUAUGCAGAUCUGCCUGCUGGAUAUCAGAUCACUCAGCACAGGAGUCCCAUUGCGGUGAAUGGCUGCUUACAAUACUUUACGCAAGCCAAUAAAAAUCCGAAUGAAAUGGUAAGCAAGACUGUGAGGAUCAAACAAAUACAAUUGGAGCAAGACAGUGGAAAGAGUCUUCAUGAUGAUUUUAGAAACCAAACACUCGUUGACCUCAACAGAGCAGGGAUCGGCCUCAUGGAGCUUGUCAUGGAACCAGAUAUGUGUUGUGGAGAAGAGGCGGCAGCAGCGGUGAGAGAACUUCAGCUCAUCCUGCAAGCUCUCGGGAGCAGCCAGGCAAACAUGGCAGAGGGCCAGUUGAGAGUAGAUGCUAAUGUCUCCGUACAUCACCCUGGCCAACUUUAUGGAGUAAGGACCGAAGUGAAGAAUAUCAACAGUGCUCGGUUUCUCGCAAAGGCAAUAGACUAUGAAAUACAUAGGCAGAUUAAAGAGCUGGAGAAUGGAGGAACCAUUCUAAAUGAAACGAGAGCCUUUGAUUUUAAGCUUGGAUGCACUGUGCCAAUGAGGGACAAAGAAGGAAAACAGGAUUAUCGGUUCAUGCCCGAGCCAAAUCUUCCUCCACUGAUUCUUUAUGAUGCUAAAUCCUUGCCCACUCAUAUAAGUGACCAGCAAGUGAUAAAUAUUGAUUGGAUUCAGGAGACACUUCCAGAACUUCCCAGUGUCAAGAGAGCAAAGUUUGUUGAACGUUACGGAAUUCAGAUUCAACACAGCUUUAUCUUACAGAAUGAAGAUGGCUUAAUGGAUUUUUUUGAAAGCGUUGUGAAUGCCACAGAGAUGAAGCCCCAAAAAGUGAUUGGCUGGGUUAUAAAUAAUUUCCUCAGUUACCUAAAAUUAUAUAACAUGACUGUAAGAGAAAGUCCAGUCACUCCUGUUCUUUUGGCUGAACUACUGGACCUGGUAACAAGUAGAAAAAUUUCAUCUUCAGCAGCCAAACAGGUGUUGGAAGAGAUGUGGAAGAGGGAUGAGAAGUCUCCAACUCUGAUUGUAAAAGAAAAGAAACUCAAUCUAAUCCUGGAUUGGAAUGAACUUGAGAGCAUCUGUCAGACUGUGAUGAGAGACCAUCAGAAAGAGGUGGCAGAGAUAAAGAGCGGCAACCUGAAGGUGCUGAAUUCCAUGAUUGGACAUGUCCAAAGAACCACAAGAGGACGAUCAGAUCCUGUAACUGUGAAACGAAUUCUAGAGAAACUGCUAUCAUAGAGGACUAAAAAUUAUGUGUCUGAUCUACUGUUUUUAACAUUCUCAAUAGCAUUAAACCAUUGUGUAAGUUUUAAUGCAAUGCUGAGACCAAUUUAUCGUUUUUAGCCAUUUUUCUGGGAGGGGAGCAUGUUAGGUUAUUAUCCUCUUAUGUUCCUAUAAAUUCAGAAUAUAAACUCUACAAAGAAGGAAAAAGACUGCAGUGUGCAUGAGUUUUCUGAAACCUGCUUUUCUAAUAUAUAUAGCAAAAAUUAUACAUUUUUGACAACUGGAUAUUAACUAUAGCCUUCUAAUGUAGUUUCUUAACAAAUAAUCAAAUCAUUUCUAGUCUUGCUUUAAAGAAUUAAACAGAAUUAGCAGAUGAAGCAGGUAGAAUCAUUGUUUAAACUAACAUAAUAAUGGAUCUUCUAGCUCUAGUCAUUGUUAUUUCUUACAGACUCAAUUCUGGAAUUCUUUACUGACUUACGCCGCGUGGCACAUCUCUAAACACUGGUGAGGUUCACACACUAUUCCAAAAUUUUAAGUUUUUAAAGUUUAUUUUUAUUUAUUUAUUCUAUCUGACAUUAGUUUUGUAAAUUACUUAAGUUGCUGAACCUACCUAAUAUUCCUUCCUGUGUUCCCCCCAACAAUUCAAAGUCAAGAAUAAACUGAGCGUAUGUCAACGGAAAGUCUUCAUUUCCCAAAGAUAGGGAUUGUCUUCUGAACCUUUGUGUGCCAUCUGGUGGUCAGCCAGGACAGGAAUGAUUUAGGACUCUUUAAGACAAUAGGCUCAGACCAAAUGAAAUAGCAAAAAAUAAAAUAAAAACAAUUCUUGAAUAAUAAAAGCGCAAUAAAGAAAGAAAGGCAUACCAAUUUGUAUCUCUUCAGCUUACCAAAAAUGAAAAAAGGACAUGGAGCUGUCAGUUGCACAAAACAUUUUUUCCCCCAGGACUUUAAUUCACCAUUGAUGUUUAAACUGUUUGUAGGAUUUUACCACCUUUUUAUACUUAAAGAAAUAAAGUAGAAACAGUAGCACAAAAAGGAAACGGACCACCUGAAAAAUACUUUCUAACAAAAUGGAUACUCUCACAACUUUGUCAAAAAAAUAAUACAGUAUUCUACUACAUGUUCAGGGAUACAGUAGCUAAGAUGCUGAGCUUGUCGACCGAAAGGUCGGCAGUUCAGCGGUUCGAAUCCCUAGUGCUGCGUAACAGGGUGAGUUCCCAUUACUUGUCCCAGCCUUUGCCAACCAAACAGUUCAAAAGCACAUAAAAAAUACAACUAGAAAAAUAGGGACCAUCUUUGGUGGGAAGGUAACAGCAUUCCAUGCACCUUUGGCGUUUAGUCAUGCCGGCCACAUGACCACGGAGACGUCUUCGGACAGCGCUGGCUCUUUGGCUUUGAAACGGAGAUGAGCACCGCCCCCUAGAGUUGGGAACGAUUAGCACAUAUGUGCGAAGGGGACCUUUACUACAUGCAUAAAGGCUAUUUACUGUUUUGCAAGAUGAUAAUCAAGAGAGAUGUACAAAAUAAUACAUGUACAAAACAAACUGGAUUCAGGUAACCUGUGCUUGAAAGCCAAAUACACAUUUUGGUCUGGAUGCAGAAUGAAAUUGGGCCAUUAUUGUUGCGUUGGGUUGGUCAACAAAUUGAGUUGGUUGUUGCAGGCGGAAGUGAGUUUUCAUUUGCUUUUGAAGUCAGAUAAAUAGAGAAAAACCAAACCGAGGUGCUUUCUUGAUAAUGAUUUGGACCUAUAAUGCUAAUGGUGAUGUAUGCAAUCAAUAAAAGAUGAAAAGUUAGAGGCUAACCCUUUGCAUGGCUAUUUAACUUUAUGGGGGAGCCAUGCUCUUUCUUCCUGUCAGCCAAGUGGACAGCAACAGCAGUGCCUGAUAAGGAGCCAGAGAGAGAUUGGGGAAGGUAAGCCCUGGGGAGCUCCUAAAAUGAACGCAGUAAAAAAAAGCCAUGCACAGAUGCAGAAGGCAGUAAUAUAAAUCUGUCCCUGCCCAAUUUGUAUAAGAUAUCUCAGGAUCCCUCCAGGUGGGAAGACACAAAACUUGUCACUUUUUCAUUUUGCUUAACUUAAAAGUAUGAUGCUUCCAAAACAGUUUCUCAGAACUUGUGAGAUGUGGCUGUUUGCACUUGGAAACAAUUUCCAUUUAAACCUAAUCUAGCAAUAAUUCUAGGAGCAACACUUAGCGUAUAAAUCAGAAGGGUGCCAUUAAAAAAAUGCUACAUUUAAAAUAUCCCAUUUUAUAUUAAGUAAUGUAAAAGCAUUCUAUGACCAGGUUUUUUUUAAAAAAAACACGAAGCAACCAUGUUGCAUGAUUUCCAUCCAUAAUGAACUUGUUUUUCCCAUAGUGCUGCUUUUGCAUAACACCCUAUGCAAAAGCAUUGUAAUAUUUUGAACUUAUGAACACCAUAAUUGUAUAUUGUUAUCAAUAAAAACUUACCUCGAAA